GCUUCAUAGGUAAUAAAAUAAUGCAACUUAUGAUUUUUCCAUGUAAUUCCCAUUGCUUAGCACGUUGCUAAAGUCAACUAAUUGCAAACUCAAUAGAGCAUCUCAACGACUCCACAAUUCAACAACUUCUUCCACGUGAAUUUGAUUAGGAACAUGAAACAAAUUACAAAUCUCAUCAAACCAAAUUAAAUCCUAGUAUUCCUCAAAAAACACCAUUUUGUUACAUGUUCAUGGCUUUUCUAAGUCAUAACAAAAACCACUUGUUCAUAACAUUCCUCAUAUUUUGCACAUUUUAUUCAUGUUAUAGUGCUGUCAACGACACUAUUACAUCAUCCAAAUUACUCAAAGACAAUGAAACAAUAACCUCAAACAACACAGACCUCAAGCUAGGAUUUUUCAGCCCAUUAAAUUCGCCCAACCGUUACUUAGGAAUUUGGUACAUCAAUGAGACCAACAACAUAUGGAUUGCAAACAGAGAUCAACCACUCAAAGAUUCAAAUGGAAUUGUCACAAUUCACAAAAAUGGAAAUCUUGUAAUUUUGAACAAACCAAAUGGCAGCAUCAUUUGGUCAACAAACAUUUCAUCUUCAACAAAUUCAACAGCUAAACUUGAUGAUGCAGGGAACUUGAUUCUAAGAGACAUCAAUUCUGGAGCAACAAUCUGGGAUAGUUUCACACACCCUUCAGAUUCAGCUGUUCCAUCGAUGAAAAUUGCAUCUAACAAAGUUACAGGUAAGCAAAUUGCUUUUGUAGCAAGAAAAAGUGACAAUGAUCCUUCUUCGGGACAUUUUACAAUUAGUGUUGAAAGAUUGGAUGUACCAGAAGUUUUCAUUUGGAAAGAUAAAAAAAUUUAUUGGAGAACUGGUCCAUGGAAUGGAAGAGUUUUUCUCGGAACGCCAAGAUUGUCAACCGAAUAUCUAUUUGGUUGGCGUUUAGGUGUCGACGAUGAUGGAACCACUUUUAUAACUUAUAAUUUCGCCGACAAAACUAUGUUUGGAAUUCUCUCAUUGACACCACAUGGGACACUUAAGUUGAUUGAGUAUAAGAAUAAAAAGGAACUUUUUAGACUUGAGGUUGAUCAAAAUGAGUGUGAUUUUUAUGGAAAAUGUGGGCCAUUUGGAAAUUGUGAUAAUUCUAGUGUACCAAUUUGUAGUUGUUUUGAUGGGUUUCAGCCAAAGAAUUCGGUGGAGUGGAGUUUAGGAAAUUGGACUAAUGGUUGUGUGAGAACAGAAGGAUUGAACUUGAAGUGUGAGAUGGUGAAGAAUGGAUCAAAUCUAGUGAAACAAGAUGCAUUUUUGGUGCAUCAUAAUAUGAAACCUCCUGAUUUUAAUGAGAGAUCAGCUGGUAAUCAAGAUAAAUGUGGAACAGAUUGUUUGGCAAAUUGUACUUGUUUGGCAUAUGCAUAUGAUCCUUCUAUAGGUUGUAUGUAUUGGAGUAGCGAGUUAAUUGAUUUGCAGAAAUUUCCUACCGGCGGAGUUGAUCUCUUCAUUCGUGUGCCGGCAGAACUUGUUGCGGUUACUAAAAAGGAAAAAGGGCGUAACAAGAGUGUUUUAAUCAUUGCCAUUGCUGGGGGGAUAGGAGCAUGUACUUUGGCUAUAUGUGCUUAUCUUUUGUGGAGAAAAUGUUCAACCAGGCAUAGAGGAAGUAAGUCUCAAAACUUGAUUAAUAGAGAACAAAACCAAAUGAAAAUAGAUGAGCUACCAGUGUAUGAGUUCGCAAAGCUUGAAGCUGCCACAAACAACUUUCACUUUGGAAAUAUUCUUGGGAAGGGAGGUUUUGGUCCUGUAUACAAGGGAAUAAUGCAAGAUGGCCAAGAAAUUGCCGUGAAAAGACUCUCGAAGUCAUCAGGACAAGGAAUAGAAGAAUUCAUGAACGAAGUAGUAGUGAUUUCUAAACUUCAACAUCGAAAUCUCGUAAGACUUCUAGGUUGUUGUGUUGAAAGAGGAGAGCAAAUGUUGGUUUAUGAGUUCAUGCCAAACAAAAGUUUGGAUGCAUUCCUCUUUGAUCCGCUACAAAAGAAAAACUUAGAUUGGAAAAAGCGGUCAAACAUAAUAGAAGGGAUAGCUCGAGGUAUAAUGUAUCUUCAUAGAGACUCAAGACUAAGGAUUAUACAUAGAGAUUUAAAAGCCAGCAACGUCUUACUUGAUGGCGACAUGAUUCCAAAAAUAUCAGACUUUGGUUUAGCUAGAAUUGUUAAAUUUGGAGAAGAUGAUGAAGCUAACACAAAAAGGGUUGUUGGAACUUAUGGUUAUAUGCCACCUGAAUAUGCAAUGGAGGGGCUUUUCUCAGAGAAAUCAGAUGUCUAUAGUUUCGGAGUUUUAUUGCUAGAGCUUGUUAGUGGACGAAGAAAUAGUAGCUUUUAUCACAGCGAGGAUUCUCUUAGCCUUGUAGGCUUUGCAUGGAAGCUAUGGUUAGAAGAAAACAUUAUAUCUCUAAUAGAUCCAGAGGUUUGGGAUGCAUCUUUUGAGAGUAGCAUGUUAAGGUGCAUACACAUAGGACUUCUUUGUGUGCAAGAACUUCCAAAAGAAAGACCAAGUAUAUCAACCGUAGUUUUGAUGCUUAUAAGUGAGAUCACACAUCUUCCACCUCCUGGUAAAGUUGCAUUUGUUCACAAGCAAAAUUCUCGAAGUACAGAAUCUUCUCAACAAAGUCAUCGAUCUAACUCAAACAACAAUGUAACCAUGAGCGAUGUCACAGGCAGGUAAAUAAUAUGCAUGGGAUCAAUACUACCAUUGUUAACAGGGGGUCCUUGGCACAGGGCCUCAAACUUAAAGAGGCUUCAAAAUUUGGAAAAAAGAAAAUAAAAGAAAAAACACUUGUAACUACGGACAAAAUCCGUCAUAAAAUGUCAUUUUUCUGUAAGUAAAAGUUCAGAAUUCAACUAUUUAAUUUCAACUAUACAUUGUCCAUAGGUAAAUGUCAAUUUGUCUAUGGAUAAAAGUCAUGUUUAAACAAUUGCUUUUAUAUUUAAGUAGAACAUAGAUGUUUGUCAUU